AUGCUCGUUGUACCUUCCCGGACGAUCACCUCACUCUCCCGCAGAACAACGCUCCGCUCAGGUUCGAGCCUCCAACACGCUUCGCUCCGCGCCAUGUCGACACGAUCGGCACCCGGGUACGGCUUCAACCCGAAUCUUCACCUAAGAACCAUCGACCCACCCGUGCAGAUCGGUGCCAGAUGGGCGCAGUCCUACCCGUCCACCAGCUCGCCGCUCGCAGGUGCCGAUGUGCUCCCGCACUUCCCGCUGCUCAAUCUCGCGCAGGGCGUGCCUGGACACCCGCCGACACAGGCAUUGCUGGACCGCAUCCAGUUCGAAGGUCUCCCUGAAAAUUGCUCCUCUCCUGCCGGUCACACGCACGGAUACGGGCCCGUGUUUGGCGAUGCCAAGCUCCGUCAGGCCGUCGCCAGGGACAUCAACAGAGUGUACAGGACCCCAGGCAAGGGCGAUCGCCACCAAGUCACCGAGGCGAACGUCGCCAUCACGGCCGGUUGCAAUCUCGCCUUCACAGCGGUAGCUACUGCCAUCGCUGGUCCGGGAGAUGCGCUGAUCGUGUGCGAUCCGUGGUACUUCAACCACCAGAUGACCAUGACCGCGUUCGGCAUCCAGAUCGCAGGCGUGCAUACCAAGCCGCCGCACUUUUAUCCAGAUCUGCAGAUGAUCCGCGCCCUCCUGGCGAGCGAUAACCGCAUGUCGACAAAGACCAUCAAGGGAGUCGUGCUGGUGACGCCCAACAAUCCCACGGGUGCCAUCUACCCGCCGGACUUGAUCCGCGACAUUGGCGUGCUCUGCAAAGAGUACGGCGUCGCGCUCAUCCUCGACGAAACCUAUCGCGACUUCCUCCUGACUGGAAGCGACGCCGACGGCCCCGCCGAGUCCUCGUCGCUGGCGGCUUCGGCCGCGCUUCCGCACAAUUUUGCCCGUCCGCAUGAUUUGUUCGAAGACGCCCCGCCCGGGUUGGCGGAGAAGAGCUGGGAUCCGGACUGGGAUUGGCGCUCGACGGUCAUUCAGCUCUUCAGCUUUUCCAAGAGCUACGCCAUCCCAGGACAUCGUCUCGGCGGCUUCGUCGCUCACGAGGCGUUCCUGCAGCAGACGGUGGCCGACUCCAAUGGCACACAGAAGACAGUGUUUGGACCGACAGCCAAGGCGCUCGACAACUUUCAGGUGGCACCGCCACGCACAGACACGCAGCGCGCCGUAGCAUGGGCGAUCGAAGACCCCACCCAGCUCGAGUGGCGUGGUCAGGUCGCCAGUGAGCUGCGCGUGCGCAGGAGGGCGUUUGUCGAGGGCCUCUCGCGCCCCGUACCGCCGUUUCUCAACCCGGAUGCAAGCGGCCUGGCAGGCCCGGGGGCUGAUGCGAGCCUGGCAAAGUCGCCAGAACAGUGGGGCUGGAAGGUCGAAUCGGCCGGUGCGUACUAUGCGUUCCUACGCCAUCCGUUUGAAGAUGUCCCGUCGGAUAGGGUGGCACAGGCACUGGCGGAGCUUGUCGGGGUCGUGGUUUUGCCCGGCGCGUUCUUCAUGCCGAGCGAAGCAGAGACCAAGGGAGAUAGUGCUGGGUCGAGGCUGCGCGUGUCCGUGGCGAAUGUGUCGACCGAGAUGCUCGCCAAGCUGCCAGAGAGACUCGCGAUCCUCAGCGAGCUGUGGCACAAGAAGGGCGCGGGUUGGGGCGUUGCGUCCACGUAA